AUGGGAAGAGAUAAAGAAGAAAAUGAGGAUUUGAUAAAACAUGGAUGGGAAGAAGAUGUAUGGUAUGAACUAUUAUUGGCUUCGAUGAAUUAUGAUAACGGAUAUUUUACGUUCCAUGUACAUCCACAUUCAAGUGCUCAUGUUUACCUUCGGCUUCAAAUGGAUCAAUCAUGGGAAACAAUUCCUACAUCGCUUUUGAAUGAUUUGGGACAAUUGGUCAAGGCAAAUAGUAUUGCUGGUUCGGGUUUUGAUUAUACUGGAAGCAAAGAGAAAAGUGUUAUGGUCGUUUAUACACCUUGGUCAAAUUUGUUAAAAACUGCUGGUAUGGCGACUGGAGAAGUAUCUUUUCAUGAUCAUAGUAAGGUGAAAAAAUUACAAGUAGGCAAAAAAGAUAACGCAAUAAUUCGGAGAUUAGAAAAAACCAAGACUGAAAAUGUUGCGCCUGACCUUGCCGGUGAGAAACUUGCUAUGGAAAAGGAAAAGCGAAGGUUGGCAAGAGAAGCGGCUAAUGCGAAAAAACAAGAAGAACUUCGUUUAGAACAAGAACGCCGUGAGAAGGCAGCCAAGAAUUCUUAUGAUUCAAUCUUUGUUGAGUCUAAUAUGCGUAGUAACCAUCAAAGCGUAGGUGAUGACCAGGAGUUUGAUUUAGAAGAGGAUUUCAUGUAA